AUGUCCGAAAUAAACUACCCAGAUGAAUUUGAGAAUAAUAAUCCCUUUGCUGAGCCCGAACUGACCAGCGUUACUCAAGCUUUCGAACAAGAGCCCAGGGUAGAGGCAGAGCAAGAGCAUCAGCUGACCAGUAUAGAACAGCCACUAAUGCAAGAACCACAGGGGAACAACACGGCACCGGCAGGGGAUACCGAGGAAUAUGGCCGCAACCGUCUUUCUCAAGAUGAGUUAAAGAAAUUGAUACCAGAACGAUUCACAAACAAAUAUGGACUACAGUUUCAGUUAGUGGACAUUGAAAGGAACAAGCCUGAGAACCCUAUACUAAGAUUGGAAGUUCAAGUGCGGGGCCUACCAAAGUUUAGGCAGCAAACAUACAAAGAAUUACGUCGCACAUACAAUGAGAUUGUAAAAUUCAAUAAGUAUCUCUCAAUUUCCAAUUUGGAAACAUUUGUGCCUGUUAUUCCCAGUUCCAAAACAUCAUACCCCUCAGGAGGAGAAGAUGAGAAAAAACAAUUGAUGAAAGUAUGGCAAGAGUGGUUUGAUAGGAUAACGAGUAAUCCAAUCUUGAUCAGAGAUGAUGAGUUUCACUAUUUUAUUGAAAAUGAUUUUGGGUACAGUGUUAUAAACAAUAAUCGUAAAUCCUCAGUUGCCAGUGGUCUAAUGCGUAAGACAUUGAAACAGUUUUCGGUUCCACCUGAUCCAUAUGAAGAAUUGGCGUAUUUCAGACCCACAAUCAAAAGUGCAUACUUGAUAUCUCAGAAAUUGCAUAAAUUGCUUGAACGAAGUUGCAAAACUGAGAAACAACUAUCGAUCCAUGUUUAUGACAUGUCGAACAAAUUGGGUGUUCUUUCUGAUUUUGAAAAUACCCACCCGGGAAUGAAAAAUAUGUGGGACAAAUUGGGAAAAGUUAUUCAAGUAACGUCGGAUUUGCUAUUGAUUGAUUCUAUCAAUGAAAUGGCCAUUUUGGGUGACGGGGUUCAGAUCCUAAUCAAUGAUUUUUAUGAAGUGAAAGAAGCACUAACAAACAGAUACUUGAUUAUGAGGGAGCUCGUUCAAGCAGAGGCUCAAACAAGUUCGAAGCAUAUACAAGCAAAUAAAAUAAGGAGCAAAGUUUCCUUAGAUCCAAUAAAAGUUGGAGAAGCGUUGAGGUCUCUAGAAUCCGCUACUAAAGUACAGAAUUCUCUCGAACUACAAGUGAAAAGGAUUUCUGGCGAGAUGUUGUAUGAAAAAAAGGAGUUCACUGCCUUUGUAGAUGGCAAAUUCAAAAGCAUGAUAAAAACCUAUGUUCUUCACAAAGUGGAACAUCAUCGGAAAAUGUUAAAAAAUUUUGAAAAGAUAAGAUUGGAUGUGAGAAGUGUAGACGAGAGAGGAGGACUCUCACGUCUCAACCGUGAAAACUUGAAAAAUCUAAAACACAAUUUAUUUCAGUCUCAAUCAUCAGCUGGUGAUACUUGGACUUCAAGGACAUUUCGAUCGUUGGAAAAAGAAGAAGAACUGAAACAACUUGGGCGAAAUAAUGAACCUUUAUCGCCUAUUACCGUCGACGCUAAAAAUGCCGCAAGUAUACUUGGAGUAGCUACAUUCUAA